UCUUAUGAAUAUAGAGAUAUGUAUUAGCUAGACUAGCUAGUUAGCUAUCGUGGAUUUUUCACUGGUUGCUAAAACGCACAUGCAUGCGGCUCUUUUUUUAACAACCAAAAAGAGAACAAAGGAAAGAUUAUUUUAGUAUUUUUUGGACAUAACCGUAACGAGUUAGCUCUAACUGCUAAUCCGUAUCGAUAUUUGCAUGCAACCUCCAGCCAACUGGGUUAAAUUCUUGUCAUCUGUGAGAAGGGUGGGAUAUUUUAGGGGAAAGAGUUUCAUGUGUGUAACUAGCAAACUAAGAAUCGCGUUUUUAUUUUUCUAAUAAUCGGUUUGGUGUAUUUUUAUUUGAAUCUGUUAAUUUUUAUUUACCAAGCUAAUUGGCUUGCUACGUAGAUAGGUAAGAAAUACGAGGCGGAAAGGGAUAUCAUUUGGUGUUUGAAGCCGGUCUCAUCGUAGAGAUCGGAACCUCGCUAGCUUGCUAGCUAUCCUGACUGUAUAUGGCCAUAAAGCAAAAAACGAACAACGUUGAUGGUAGAUCAAUGGUUUGAAAGGGGACUUAUUUCAGUAUAUUAAUCUUCGGACGAGCGACACCAUCCAGGUGCAUUUCUUUUAGGAAAAGAGGAGGUCCACUGAGGGGAAUUACCGGGACAAACUGCAUUCUUUCCCCCUUUUUGAGAGGUGACCACUGUGAUGAAUCUUGACCCUGCUCUCGGAUAAAAUGCCCUGAACCGUAUGCAAUGGAGUGUUUCAUCCCCGUGACCGCGGGUUCGAAGGUGUUAACCAGAACCUCAUGGCGUCUUCGAGGCGUUUAUGCGCUUCUGCUCGGAUCGGUGGUGCUGGUUUCUAUGGCAACGGCAAGUUCACCUGUAGCAGGUGGGCCUCUGUUUACCCCUGGCAAUGUGACACACAGCUCUGUCGGGGAGGCACCGGAAAGGACAGAAUCACCAGCUGCCUUACCGGGGGCAGUCAGCGAAGCCCCGGGGCCCCACGCUGCAGCCCCCACUACAGCCCUCGCGGCUUCAGCUGCUCCGCUGCGCCCAGCGGCGGGUAACCAUGGCAACGGCAGAGCCGGCACCACACUCGCACCGAGGCGAGACUCGGGAUCGCCACCCUCCACCGACCCGCGGAGUCCCUCGGAGCCGGCAGGGUGGCCCAGGGGGUCGCAGUCGACCCCCGUCAGACACACGCGGGACCUAACGCAGGCUACGCCCAGCUCGGUGCCGAACCAGCCAAUGGGAUCGCACUCCGCACCGCCCGGGGUCCCCCAGGGCCCCUCCCCCUCCUCUGUGGUCCCUGCCACACCCCCAGACCCUCGGGUCCCGCUGCGGCACAGCGAAACGUCAGACACAUCGCUGCACACCCCCCUCUCACGCUCCAUCACCUCUGUCACCGCAGCAACACACUUCAGCGCUCCGGAAUCUCAUUGGAGAAUUCUGGAAGGCUCUGUAACUCCAGUAGCUCCCGGCAGCCAGUCGGACAUUCCUGGGAUGAGGGCUGGGAGUGGGGUAACUUCAGCCCCCCAGGGGCAUGCUCACCCCCCUGCACACUCCGUCGGUGGUCCUGAGGACGUUCAGGGAGACCAGGCGAGCACUGAGCCGGACCGCAGCGUUCCCCAAAACGCCAGCGGCUCCUCGCAGGCAGCGGGAGACUGGGGUCCCGUGAACACCACUGCCGACCCCGUCGUCCCUGACGCCGCUCAGGGUAUCCACCUGCUCCUGAAGCCCCCGGAGAUGCCUGCCCCGAGCCUCGUGCCUUUCCUCAGACCCCACACAACCUGGACCCCGCCCGAACUCACCCGGGCCCCGCCCGAGGAGCUCUACCCGACCCACACGGCGGAGGCUGACUGGGGGUCAGGGGACUACCUGGAGACCCUGUCCUUCAUGGGCUCGGAGGGGGACGACUUCUCGCUGGUCACCACCCUGCCCAGCGAGGUGUACGAGUGGGAGGAUGCCAGCACGGAGGUGUACGACACCUCCUUCCCCACCCGGGCUGUCCCGCCCCUGUCCUCCACGCACCUCUCCCCCUCCCCCACCCUCACCCCGGCCCACCCUACCUCAGCCCGCCCUGGCCGGCCCACCCUGGAGACGCCCGUCACCCGCGGCGACCCGGCCGACGAGGGCGCGGACCCAGAAUGGGCCGACACCUAUGCCAUCGAGCCCACGGAGAUCCUGCUGCCAGACAUGAACAGCCUGGAGUACUACACCACCCUGCUGGCCAAGGAGAACGCCAGCUCCGCCGGGCCCAGGGGCAACAGCACCUCCUCCAGGCUUCCCCCUACCCCCGUCACGCCCACCGGCACGCUUACCCCGCCCCUCGGGCACACGCUAACGACCGCUGCUAACGCCUCCUGGCCUGAGGAGGCGUCUGCAGGCACGUCGGGGGCGGAGCCCUCCAACGCCACGGAGGGCGACUCCGUGGACGGCGUGCGGCCUCACCUGGUGGAUGUUUCCGGGCAUACACUGGAGCCCUCUGUUACACCCGCCCCCUCCAUGGUCCUCUCAACCUCCCUGUGGGGGGGGCAGGUGUCCACCCCGUUGCCUGGGGCAACCAGCAGCUCUACCCCCGCCGCACCCCGGCCCACCAUUUCCCAGCGGCCCUCAGACACGCGUUCUCCAGAUGGCCAGUGGCUCAUCUCCUCAGUCUCCACAGAGACCGUCAUCCACCCCACAGCUAGCCCCACCCCCUAUGCCACCCCAGCCCUGACCACGCCCUCUCCCACCGCCGCCAGCUCCUCCCGCCCCGCCACGGGCAAAGAAGGCACAACCUCAGAGUUCCCCGUCACAAGGCCCCCCAGGACCCGCCUGACCACGCCCGCCAGCACAGCCACGCCCUCCGCCGUGUCACCCGGUCAGAGCGGCACCACCGGCGCCCCGCCCGUCACCACCGCCAGACCCCCCGCCUCGACGCCCGCCCGCCACUACCUCUGCAACAUCACCCGGCCCGACCUGUACCAGGUCAAAGUCGGCCUACCCACGGGGUCCACUACAGGAUAUGCUAAAUCCCACAUCCGGGAGAUUCUGAAGAGUGAAUUCAACCGCUCCGUAGACCUGCAGAUCCUGAGACCCCCGCCGGAGCUGGUUUUCCGCGCGGUGUCGGGGCCGCUGGUGUACACGGCGAUGGCGGUCAUCAACGCGCUUCGCCAGUCACCGCGCACCUCCUCCGCCAUCCAGAGCAUCGCGCCCAUCACCCCCGUGCCCGACCCCCAGUUCCACGUUCACUCGGUGCUGCAGUUUGUCCCUGGCCACAUUGACGUGCGCGUCUGCAACUUCAGUGAACGCAUCGAGAAGGGCCUGACCAUGGCCUACGCCGAAGUGCGUCGACGCUCCCACGAGUCCACCAACUUCACUGUGCAGAUCGUGAACAUCACCAUGAACGCGCCCAAGGCUCAGCGCCAGCAGAGGGCGCCGGUGGACAUCACGUUCGCCGUGCGGGACGCUAACGGCUACCUGCGGGGUUCGGACGUGAGCGGCCACCUGAGGCUGCUCAACAUGGUGGAGUUCAGCUUCUACCUGGGCUUCCCCGUGCUGCAGAUCGCAGAGCCUUUUCACUACCCGGAGCUGAAUGUGACUCAUUUGCUGAGGUCCUCCUGGGUCAGGACAGUGCUGCUGGGAGUGCUGGACCAGCGGGUGAACGAGCGCACCUUCCAGGCCAAGAUGGAGCGGCGGCUGGCCCUGCUGCUGGGGGAGGUGCUGGGAACAGCCAGGCGCUGGAGGAGGGCCACCAGCGUGGGCAACAACAGCGUGCAGAUCGUGAGGACAUCCCGGCUGGAGGGCUCAGACUACCCCCUGGAGAUGGUGUACUUUGUGGAGGGUCCCAGCGGGGAGAGGGUCCCGGCUGUCACCACCUCCAGCAUGCUGAACAGCAUCGACGUCCAGCGGGCAGCCAUCAUCCUGGGAUACCGCGUGCAGGGGACCCUGGCCCAGCCGGUGGAGAAGAUGGCCGCCCCGCCCUCGGAGACACAGAGCAGUAACAUGUGGAUCAUCGUGGGCGUGGUGGUGCCCGUGCUGGUGGUCGUCCUCAUCAUCGUCAUCCUCUACUGGAAGCUGUGCCGCACCGACAAGCUGGAGUUCCAGCCGGACGCCGUCAGCGCCGUGCAGCAGCGGCAGAAGCUCCAGGCUCCCAGUGUGAAAGGCUUUGACUUUGCCAAGCUGCACCUGGGGCAGCACAGUAAGGAUGACAUCAUGGUGAUCCAGGAGCCUGCCCCCCUGCCCUCGGUGCCCGUCAAGGAGGUGACCCCCUCGGAGAACGGGGACGUGCCCACCCCCAAAUCCAAGGACUCCUCCACCAAGGCGUCCCGUGCGGCUCGGCGCAGAGGGAGGAUCUCCCCGUCGGAGGGGGACUCCAUGGUGAGUGAUCCGUCCAGCGGGCGAGAGUCGGGCGAGGAGAACCUAAGACCGCCCGUCACGCCCAAUGAAGGGAAGCAACCCCGCAAGACGCCCAAGAAUGGGAAGAGUAAAAUUGGCCCCCCUGCGGCGAACGGGGCGGACGAGCAGCUGUCCUCGGCCUCCAUCUUUGAGCACGUGGACCGCAUGUCCCGCUCGGGCGACGGCGCCCGCCGUGUCCCCAGCAAGAUCCAGCUCAUCGCCAUGCAGCCCAUGCCCGCGCCGUCACCCCACAGUCCCGCCAUCACCGAGAGGGUGCCCGAGGGCGGCGGCAUCAACAAGGAGAUUCAGGUGGCCCUGAGGCACAAAUCCGAGAUCGAGCACCACCGCAACAAGAUCCGCCUUCGGGCUAAGAGGCGGGGCCACUACGACUUCCCCGCCAUGGACGACAUCAUGGACAGCUUCGGUGACCUAAAGGACCCCGACCGCGUCUACCAGAAGGCGCAGAUGCAGAUCGACAAGAUCCUGGACCCCGACGGCCACAUGCCCUCCGUCUUCAUGGACACCAGGAAGAGCUCCAGUGGCAGAGGGAAGCGCUCUCCCAAGCAGAGGAGGAGGCCUCAGGUGAACGGGAGCCUGACAGAGGCCGACAAAGACAGGCUCAUCACCACCGACAGCGACGGGACCUACAGGAAGUACCCCGGCGUCAACAACGUGGCCUACGUGUCGGAUCCUGACCAGCCCCCGGAGGCUCGGAGCCCCUCCCCCAACGACGACGUGUUCAUGGGCCCGGGCUCCCCGCCCCCGGGCCCCGCCCCGGCCCCGCCCCCCUACGUGCCCCCGCAGCCCUCGAUCGAGGAGGCGCGGCAGCAGAUGCACUCCCUGCUGGAUGAUGCCUUCGCCCUGGUGUCCCCCUCCUCCCAGGGCAGCACCCCCGGCAUCACCCUCCCCGGGGUGACCUCCAGCCUGCCCGCCUCCAGCCCCCCGCCCCGCGCCCCCCGCAGCCUGGGGGGGGGCCACUGGGGCUCCUCCUACCCCGCCAUCCCCGCCCUCAGCCCCUUCUCCGCGAGGUAUGCAGAGUUAGGAUUGUCCCCACCCUCAGUCCAGAGCCUUUUGCAAAGACAGGGCCUGGGCUCUGGUUAUCUGGCUCCGUCAGACCCAGUGCAUGGAGACCAGAUGCAGCCAGACUCCCUCUACUCCGGCAGGGGGCUGUACAGUGAGGAGCUGCCGUCCUCUGCCAGACCUCGGCCAGUAGGGGGCAGCACAGGUGCCCAGCUCCAUCACCUGACGCAGGUGGGCCUGUCCAGCCGCAUCGGGGCAUACCAAGGGAUGAGCAGGGCCUCGUCCGGUCAGACCGGCUCCCCCGGCUGGGGACCCUACCGCCCCGACGAGGAGUACAGCCGAGCUCCUGUCCGAGACGCGAUGCCCCGGACCGCUCUGAGGGAGCCCUCUGCCCCCCCAGCCCACCUGGACAGCCCGGGGAUGGGGUACCCCUCCGCCCCGCCUGAGGAGACCUCCCCGCCCGGCCACUCGUCCGCCUCCCUGAUAAAGGCCAUCAGGGAGGAGCUGAUGCGCCUCUCCCAGAAGCAGGCAGCCGUGCCCGUGUACCACAGCUGAAGGCCCACCGCCGCCCCCCUCUCCC